GUCUUGGCGCAAGAGUUACUGAACCAUGGCAAGCGUUGUCGUGUUUCGAAUGAAACCGAAAAAGCGACUGGAACAUGUCGUAUCUUGCUUGAAAAGGCGAACGCGAGCGGAAUCUUUUCAGGAAUAUAAGGUAUCUGAUAUUGAGGAGUCAUCAGCUGGAAGUUUUACUGACAGUCCAGGAAAACGUUUGAAACUCGAACUCGUUCGUGCAAAUGUACACUCUCUACAACUACAAGGUAAGGUUGGUGAUGCCAGCAUCGAGAUAUCAUGUGACGACUCUACUCUGGCUGAAGAUAAGGAAGUACAACAUGAUCAAGAAAUUGUUUUGUCAAACAAGGAUUUGAGUGAACACAAAGGCCAAUCUGUAGUUUUGAAGAAUGAUCAGAAUGCCUUUGAUGAAAGCAUAGAAAAUUCUUUUUUUCCUUUUUCUGAAGGCAAUGUUGUUGUUAUGUCAGAACAAGACGAUGCCCUUACAACACCUGCAUCAUUUGUUUGCAACCACAACUCCCUUACAUUUGAUAGGAAGAAAUUGCCUUUCCCUACUGAUUAUGAGGAGUAUGUUGUGAGUAGUGGAGAGGAUGAGACAGAACCAGAGCUCUCAAAAAAUAUAACUGACGAUGAUGCUGAAUUUGCGCGCAAACGUCUUGAUUGUUUGACAAAAGAAGUGGAAUGCAAGUCAGAUCUACAAGAAUUUACUGCAAAAUUGCCUAGUGAUUUCAAGCCACUAGUAUUAAAGAUUAGUAAAGUAGAAUGGCCUGAUUUGGAACUCAAAGUACCCAAGAAGCGUUUAGAUCAACCGUCAUGUAAUGGUAGCAACAGUGAGACAGUAAAGAUAUCAGAAGACCUGCCUUGUAUGGGAGAUUCUGAUGCUAAUGCUGAGGAACAAUCGCCGGAAGGCUCACAAGACAUUUUGUCGAGUCAUCAGGCUAUCAAAACUAAGAAGAAACACAAAAAACGUCGACCCUUGAAGCAGAGACAAAUGAGUUUACCUUUGAGUAACAAUCUGGAAGAGGUUCAAGCCUUUGUUGACGAAGUUGCAGCAACUGACGGUGGAAUCAAUGAUUGUCAAGAUACAGAUCUUUAG